AUGGCAUCCGACCAGAAAGUCUGGAAACAGACGGCUAACUACCAAACUGGAAAGGGGGAAGUGCCGCCGCCACAUGGGCGAAAGGCAACAGGCAAGCAGAAGAACCGACGCAAGCGGUUCUGCCAGUUUGCAAAAUAGUCUCAAAGUGCAGGGAAGCGCCGGGGGUCGCGAGCUCCUCUGCUUUGCAGCCCCAAAGUAGUCCGGAGCCAGGGGGUAAAGCUGAAACGCAACCCUUUCCCGUGGAAAAAAAUAACUAGAAAAGGAAGGGGGUUCUCUCUCCUUGCCCUCGGCCUCCACGUUCUUCGGUUCAGAUCAGUGGCGGGGCAGCAAUCCCGGCCUCCCCCCCCCCCGCCCCGUCCGACGGCCAGCAGGCGAGGAAGCGCCCCCGGGCUCGCCCCGGCUCGGCGGCCCCUGGCGGGGAAGGCAGCGUCGAGGCGGCUGACAGCCCCGCAGUGGCGCUCCGGGCGGGCCGGGCGCCGCGCUAAUCCGCCGAGCGAGAGCCGGCGCGACGUGGAGGGUCAGCCAGACCCAGCCGCCGCCUCCAACGCCUGGCUGGCUGCAGACACCGCGGCUGUAACCUGGGAAACGAAGCACCGAUUAGGCGGCCCGGGGGGCGGGGUGGGGGGGCGCAGGGACCGGAGAGGCGGGAGGGAAGGCGGGCGCGCAAUAAAUCCUGCGCCCCAGAACCUGGCAUCUCUCCACCUCCAGAUAAGGAUGCGGAGAGGCGGGCGGGGGGGGGGGAGAUUGAAGCUCGCCAACAAAACUUUGCUCCGCAGCGCGCGCUCCCCGCGCCCCCCGAAACAGCACCGAGACCCCGCGGAGCGGCCGAGGGGGCGCCACUUACGAGAGACGAAAGAGCCCGCAGCCGGCGGCCUCGUCCGGAAAGAAGGCGCUCUGGUCUCUGCCCCGGCUUGGGCGGGGGGGGGGGGGACCCGACUUCGCCGGGGGGGGGGAGCCCGCCCGCUUCGACGGCGGGGGGGGGGACACACACACCUCCUGUGCCGCCGAGCUGCUGAGACCGCGCGCGGCCCCCACCCGAAAUCCCCGCUCGCUUUUUGUCUGGAGCCACUGAUCUGAGACCGGCGUGGCGGCGGCUGCUGCAGGAGCCGCGGCGGCGGCGGCGGCAACACCUCCCCGGAAGGCAGGCAGGCAGGCAGGGAGAGAGGGAGGGAGGCGACGGCGAAGGGGGCCGGGGACCAGAGGACCUGCGCCGCCCCGCCGGCAGCCCCCGCCGGGAAAGGCCAGCAUUUCCCCGCCGCAAACUUUUCCGCGGUACUUUCCUGCCUCCGCCCCGCAUUCGCGGGCGCAGCCAAAGAGAGGAGGAGGAGGGGGCCCUGGACUCUUGCACCUACCCGAAGCCGAGCGAGCCGGAGCCGAAACAGGAGCAGCGGGAGCCAGGAAAGAGGAGGAAGCGGAGCAGCCGCCGCCGCCGCUCCGGGCAGUCCGGGUGUGCGCGUUGCGCGCGCGCUGCCGCCCGCCCGCCCGCCGGAUUCCAGGUCCCGAUCCGGAGCGCGCGCCGCCCCGGUGAGGUGGCGGGUUUUCUCGGCACCUGCCCCGAGGUGGCCCCGCCGCGUCCGCCUGGCGCCUCAGCCGGGGGGGCUGCCCAGCCCGACGCAUGCAAGGCAGAGCAGGUCGGGGGGGCGGGCAAGUGGCGCAAGGCGGGCGGCCGCGGGCGGAGGCAGCCCUCGAUCGCUCGCUCGCUCGCUCGCUCGCUCUCGGCCGGAGCCGCUUCUCGGCCAAGCCACCUCUACAGCCUCGCUCGGCGAGCACCGGCGCGGGCGGACGACCACAUUGCAAAGGGCGGCCGCUUGCUCUUGCUGCUGCUGCUGCUGCCGCCGCCGCUCUCGCCGCUUUCCGGGGCUGGAGGCAAAACCCGGACCGGACUUCAGGCGCAGCGCCCUGGCAGCUGGCCGCUCUGCUGCGCCUCGCCGCCGUCCUCCGCUCUUCCUCCAGGUCGCGCUCUUGCCGGCCUGGUCCCGGGGGCUUCCAUGGCGGGCUUCCCUCUGCCUCCCCGAAGCCCCAAGCCCGGGUCAACUCCGCCGGAGACGCUCGCCUCGGCCCCCGGGUCUCCCCCCCUCUCUGCUCGGCGCGGACGAGUCGCAGGGGCCGCGCCGCCAGGUCCAGCCCGCUCCUGCCCGCUGCUCACCGGCUCGCCUUGGGCCGCGCGCGCGCGCUCCUCGCCCGCCCCCUCGGGGGCUCCUCUCCCCCCUCCCGCGCGCGGAGGGCAGGCCGGCAAGCAUGUGGUCUAG